AUGGGGAAGAUAACGAAGCAGAUGCAGCCCAAGCAUGCCGAGACUCUGUCUCCAUGGCUCAAGGAUUUUGUCACAUCGGCAUGCUCCGCACCCUUGCCUCUCCUUCCAGACCACCUCCACAAGUUCCCGACAAGAUGGCCUUACCCGAGAGGUGAUUUAUACCACUGGAUCCCUCUUCUUAACCGAUUCGACGAUAUCUUGGACUGCUUCUGCAACACCUACAACCUGGAACAGGGCCCUCAGAACCGCGACUUCGGCUGCGAUCUGCUCCUCAACCAAGGCGCCAAGACCGAGCAAUACGGUGAUCAGACCUGGAACAAUGAUGGUCUUGUCAAGUUGGGCUACAAUGCAGACGGAGAUAGGCAGCUGAUCGAGGCUGUCCUCAAGUUCACCCGUAUACUCCUACAGCACUGUGGCAACCGAAGCAUCUACUCUAGCAGCAUGGUCCUGAAUAAGUUGCUCAACACUACAGUUCUGUCGCUUCUUCUUGCAACUCUGCAGGUCAGCGCCGAGUUGGCCCAGCGCUACCAAGCUUCCGUCAAGAGAAUAGGAAGCGCCUCCCGCACAGUGAGCACUGCGCUGUUGAGCAAUCACUACCAGAUCGACCUCGACCGCGUGAACAGUGUCGCUCUGCCCUUCGCCAAGACCCCGAUCGUCAGUCUUUCAGACUCAUUGGCUACUGUUACGCCCACGUCGAGUGUCAAGGGCAAGGAAAAGCCUCAGGCGCCGAGCCAUAAAAACGCCGCAGCUAUGUUUGCCAAUGACUUGGGGUCCAUUCUUACACCCGACAAUGGGCGCUGGAACGGAUGGGGAGAUAUCAAAAUCACCUAUACCGUGGCCUCGACCGCAAAGGACCACCCUGUCUCGACAGCUCAUGAUCGCAUUGGUUCCAACAUGCCCUCUACACCGACCCCUCUGAGGCGCAGCACGACAGCCGGCUCUCAGCAUAACACUCCAAGAUCCGCUCGUCAGGCCGGCGUUGACGAGGCUUCGCCAUUGAGUACACGAAGCCCCAUCGUUGCCAAUGACCAUACCAAAUCGAGCCAGCGAAUCUUCGAUUUGCCGCAAUCAGUCGUUGCCUCCACACCCAUCUACGAGCUCCUUGCACGAUGUCCUGCGGAUAUGCCCGCCUCAGCCAAAUAUGAGAUUCUCAAUCGUCUGAGAGUAGCCAAGGCUCUUCUUGGGGGUGCGGAGUCUAGACAGGAAGCACUUGCCGUCCGUCUACUCGCCAUCACAAAUCUGGCCUUCAUCCACCCGGAGACAACCUUCGUCGAGAAGGUUCUGCGUCAUGACAACGACGAAACACGACGCUAUCAGUUGGCUUACCAAUUGGCGGAACUCAUUCACCCCCCAGCCGAUGGUUCCAUUCAAGUGCCGCUUUGGCUUCAGUCAAUUGUCUUGGGCCUUCUUGAGGUCAUCUCAAACUAUGCUGCGAGAUACCAAGAUGUUUUGUCGGCCCUAAAUGCGAAUGUCAACCACGGAAUUCUCUUGUACGUCAUACGAAAGGCCGUCGCAGGGAUGAAGACCAGUGAACCCGACCGCGGUAUUCAUACCACAGAAGUCGACGAGUGGCGUACCAGUCUUUUCUCUUUGACGACUCACCUAGCCAUGUCCACUAGAAUCGGGGCUGAGAUGGUGACGGCCGGACUGAUGGAUAUCUUGGUGGAGAUUCUCAAAAUCAGGUCCGAUGUCGCCCAGCGCAAUCAGUCCAUGAUUCUGGCCUUCCUCGACGGACUGAUUUGGACGUAUCAGAAUGCGUUCCAGUCAUUCUUCAGCGGAUCGGGUCUUGAUGCCAUCUCCGAACUCCUCGUCACGACGGUGGCCGAAUCGAAGCAACUUGUGCAAGAUGGACAGGGCAACACACCUGAACACUAUUGCCAGGUUGUUGAUUAUGAGAUCCCCUACAACCAACAACAGACCCUGAAAUGGGUUCUUAAGUUUGUCCAUCACAUGAUGACAAACUCUUACACCUAUGGCGGAAACACUGAUCGACUUCUCCGUAACCUCGUUGACAAAUCGGAGCUGUUGGCCAGCUUGCGAGACAUUAUGCAGAAUACUAAGCGUUAUGGAUCCGUCUUGUGGACGACUACUGUCACGGUGCUCAGCGACUUUAUCAACAACGAUCCUACAAGCUUCGCUGCCAUUUCAGAAUCGGGAAUCAUCGUCGCCUAUUUGGAGGCCAUCACUGGCCAUCCAGUCACCUCUCAGCCCACCAUUUCGCCUUCGCAGGACGCUGAGGAGCAAGCGGCAGACACCGCUGACCUUGGUGACAAUAACGGCGAGAACGGCACCAAUCGAGACAACAGAGACCGCGACGAUGAUAACGAAGGCAGCCCUGAAUCCUCUAAUGCUUCCAUUCAGAUCGAGGCCGAUACUCGGCUUCACCCGCCUCCCGAGGAAGAAAUUGCCCAAUCACAUGAGCGUCGCCCCCUGGCCCAGGGCAUCUUGCCAACAUCCGACGCCAUCAACGUUGUCCCGCAAGUUCUCAACUCCAUUUGCCUGAAUAAUGCAGGCAUGAAGAUGGUGGCCUCCUCUCGCGCCCUUGAGUCGUUCCUUGAAAUUUUCGAGAGUCCUGCCCACGUCAAUACCAUGGAAACCGACCCUCAUCUCGCUAGCAAUGUGGGUGCUAGCUUUGAUGAACUCGCCCGGCACCAUCCUAACUUGAGGCGUCCGAUCUCCAACGCUGUGAUCGACAUGGUUGCUAGGGUGAGGUCCUUCGGUAUCUACAAGGCCAAGACUGCUAGUUGGGGCGCAAAACUGUACAUCAGUGAUGGUUCACAGAACCCCCCUUCAGCGGAUGAGAAGUACAAGGACCUGGUUCUGCAUUCACCCACUGAUUCCGCUACGGAAAGUAAAGGAAAGGGGAGAGGCGACAAUCUUGACGUCGAAAUGUCAGACGCUACGGAAACUACGACGCAGAAGGGAACUCUGGGUGCCGAUGAGUCGUCCACGUCUGCAACAGCCUACAACGACAUUACGCCUUACGUCUAUGCCUUAUCAAGCUUCCUCUCAGCUUACCUCAACAACAAUACGCUCAAGGCUUACUUCAUUACCCACGGAGGCCUUGAGCUACUGCUAGACGUUGCAGAACUGCCCAGUCUGCCACACGACUUUUGCGACUCUCAUGCGGCCCGAACGCUACAUCUAGUCAUUUCUCAGCUCGUUGAGCAGUCUCCGGUUCUCGGCUUGCCCUCCCUACUCAGGCGCGCACAGGCUUCGGUCGAUACACUCAAACCUUUGGCCGACUACAAGAAUGACUCUCCCUACUUUCACCCUUUCCUCGGCCUCGACGGCAGAUUGACCCUCGAUGAAGUCCGCAGCCUCGACCCUUCGGUGCAAGAACGCAUCUUCAAUGGCAAUAAAAUGGUCAAGGCACUACUUACUGCGCAGUCGCUGAUCAAGACACUGUAUGAGUGUUUCACAUCUUCACCGCGCUCCAACUCAGUUCAGUUGUAUCCCAUCAAUGUCUUUGACUACUAUCUCGAACUAGUCAAAUCACUGGGGCCGCUUUUGAAGGCCGUCCUGGCAGAAGAGGGUGCAGGACAUAAUGUGCUGCCUCAACACUGGUGGGCUAAGCGACCAGCUCCUGGUAGUGACGUUAUGGUUUCCAUCAGCGGAGCCGCUGGAGUUCAGAGUGUCGGCGAGGGCGAAGGCGAGAACGAGGUGGCAUCAGCCCCGGCCGAGCCGUCGGAUCCUGCGUCUGGCGCUGUGCCUGCUACAGCUCCUGGCACUCAGCUCAAGAUGCCAACCAAACAAGAACAAGCAACGUUCCGGUACAAAAACUACGAGACCCUUCGUAUCCUACUCCACUCAAUGGUUCCCUCGACCUUUCCCUUCUUCCAGCAACUUGGCAAAGCUCUCUUCCCAAGACGUGAACGCGAUGCUUAUUCACGUCCGAAGCACAUUGAUAUUGCCAGAGAGUUGUCGGGGACGAUCCUGGCGCAGCUGGCCCCUUCAGUUGACCCUGCUGAGCCUACAGGCAAGGAGUAUCACUACUGGAUCAUUAUGCUUCACACAUUGACAGAAAUGUUGAUGGAUAACACUCGAGCUUCAGGGGAACGUUCAUCGGUCCAGGUCGUUAUCCCGGUGCUUGUCGCUUUCCUGGAUCAGGGUGGUUUCCAAGUUCUCACGACCAUGGUGCGUCGAUUUUCGGCCGAGAUCUGCAAAGACGCUGGAGACUCAGACGUCGGUGCCACUGCUAGCGCUCGUGUUGCCUCGUUCGGCCUCGGAAAAAUCUUCGAGUUCUUUGCUGCUCUCGUCAACGGUAAGAACAUUUCCGACUCGACCGCGCAGUUUGGUCUCCUGCCUCGUUCGGCUGAGAGACGCCCGGAUACCCCGAUAUCUCACCAAAUUGUCGUUGAAGUGCGAAUGGCUGUUCUCCCGGUCAUCCGUGAGAUUUGGGAGUCUACGUUGAUUGAGAAGUUGCGACCAGAGGCAGUAGCAAAGGUGAUUGAGAUCCUCAAGAUCAUAUCUGCAGGUGAUCAAGAACCAUCUCGGAACACGCCAGCUGUUGAGCUGUUCAAGAAAUCGACAGUCUUGUUCAACUGGCAGGCCCAUACCCCUCUCAUCGGUCUGCUUGAGGAGGAUGGAGCUGACGUCGAGUUGGCUCGCGAAGCUGUCUUCAGAGCCAACUGGAACCAACCUUCGGCGACGGAGUAUUGCCGUUCUCACAAGGCUGGUAAAGCCGGCCAAAGGAACCCGGUUCCGCCCGAAGAUGCUUACCAUCCCGAACGCCCUGAGCCAACAAACCCUGCCAGUCAGCCGGACAAUACGGCACCGGUACCUGCUGCACCCGCUGAUGCCGAUGCCAUGGCGGUUGACGUGGCGCCGGAAUUCGUUACUCCUGAAUUGGAUCGUCUGCUUGGCGAUGCUGAACAGGGCGACUUGGGGAACAGAGCAUCUGCUGAGUGGAAUGGCAACAGCGACGGACGUCCUGCUGUAGCUGACGAAGCUCAAGUGAGGCCCAAUACCUCUACACCAGCAGCUACUACCGAAGAACAGGCACGUGCUAGCACCGAAACUCAGAUGACGAGCAAGGAGAAACUCGAUGAGGAACGAUCAAAGUUGCGAGACAAUCUCAUCGAUAGGUCUCUCGACGUUGUCAGGGCUCAUCCCCACUCGGCUAUCGAGCUGUCAGAGCUCAUUAGCGCCAUGGUAUUCCGCCAGCCGAAUGACGAGGCUCGGGAUGAGGUCGGUGCGACUCUGGCAAAUGCGUUGACCUCCCUGUCAUUCGACGACAGCGAUUCCAAGUCGAAUGGCACUAGCAUUGCUGCUUAUGCCCAUCUUCUGGCUCUGCUUAUGCAGGAGAAGAGUUUCUUCAAAUGCAAUAUCGACACUCUGAGAGAGAAGGUGGACGAGUACAUAUCUUUCCUCGACUUGAAGGGAUCGUCGACUUCAAACAAAGAGCUCCCUCCCUGGAUCCCGUAUAUCCUGUUGAUCGUCGAGCUUCUGCUGUCAUACGAUGAGCAGCCCAUAGAAGCGCAAUGGAAACCUCCAAGCAAUGACAACGAGACGAUCGCUCCUGCUGUGCUUCCUCAACGUAACUUGAUUGUUUCCGAUGAACAGCGAAAUAGGCUUCUGGAUGUAAUUCUGGAGCUACUUCCCGGCCUCGGGAAGGAGGAGACACUCGCGACCUCUGUACUUCGUGUCAUCGUCAUCUUGACACGUAAACCCGCCAUGGCGCAAAAGGUUGGAGACAAGCAUAACCUUGGGAGAUUGUUUGCCAUGGCCAAGCAGCUUGCGGGUGUUGGUUCAGCACGAUUGAAAGAAAGCAAGACGACAGGCAGCAUCAUGUCUAUCCUGAGACACAUUGUCGAAGACGAGGAGACAUUGAAGCAAAUCAUGCGAGCUGAGAUUCGCAACCUGUUUGACAACCCCCAACGAACUCAGAGAAACCUGGAUCUCAGCACGUACUUGCGUAACAUGGCACCUCUUGCUCUGCGAUCCCCGGAUCUAUUUGUCGAGAUUACCAAUGAGAUGACCAAGUUGUCUCGUUGGACUCCUGGAAGCGAGGGUACCAGCCGUGCCCAGCAAUUGGCACUCAAGGAGCCCGAAUCUGAUUCCAAGACUAAAGCCCACGAGGAAGAGGCGAGCGUCGAGCCCGCUGUCCAGGCCACGGAGGACCUGUCGAUCCAUGAUGUCAAGCAAUCCACAGAAACGGACGACAAGGAAAUGGCAGACGCGCCUAAGCAAGUGGCCGAGCUGAAACGACCUGUUGUCGAGAAUCCACAUGGCAUCAUUUACUUCCUCCUGUGCGAGCUGCUCAAAUUCAGAGAAGUCGAUGACAAUGAGCCUCCCCAGGCCCCGAAGGACACGGAGAACAUUGCGCCAUCAGGAAUCACCCCCACAGAGAGCGCUUCCAAAGAGGCAACGCCAGACAACCAGGAUGCAGCCGAAAAUAAGGACAAGGAUAAAAAGUCCACAAAGCCGGUUUUCAGGGCCGAGGAUCAUCCGCACUUCAUCUACCGGUGCUUCCUGCUCAAUUGCCUCGCAGAGCUCCUCCAGAGUUACAAUCAGACCAAGGUGGAGUUCAUCAACUUCAAGCGUAGCGUCUCUUUGCAAACGAAUACGCCCGUCAAGCCUCGAUCGAAUGUACUCAACUAUCUCAUCCACGACCUCUUGUGCCAAGGCAACCUCAGCGACAACGCAGACAGCAUUGUAUCAAAGAAGAAAGCCGCCACCUCUGCUCAAGCUCAGCAAGUUCUCGUUGCGCUUGUAGCAAAGACAGGGGAAAGGGUCAUUGACAAGAGCCGAGACCGCUUCGAAUACGACGACGAGCCCGAUCUGCUUUUUGUUCGGAAAUUUGUCUUGGACACUAUUCUCAAGGCAUACGAGCGUGCCGCCACACCCGAAGAGCCUGUUGAUACUCGCUACCUGAAGAUGCAGUGUCUCGCUGAGUUGAUGAACCACAUCAUCGGCGAGAAGGACAAAGAAACAACAUCUCAACGCGCACUUGACUCCCCGCAAGGACGAUCGCAAGCACAGUUACGCAGAAUGAUGUACGAGAAGGGCUACCUCGACAAGUUGACGUCCUCUAUUGCCGAGGUCGACCUGAGCCAUGCUGGCGUCAAGAGGGCUAUUAAGUAUGUUCUCAGAGUUCUGCGUGUUCUGACAGAUACCGCCAAGGAAUUGAGCCGCUCUCAUGUCCUUCCCUCGACAUCUCUUCCCGAAAACGCCGAAGACGACAUCAUCUCCACAUCUUCAAUGUCUGACAUGGACGACGAUCGCGAAGAAACGCCGGAUCUCUAUCGUAACUCUACUCUUGGCAUGCUCGAGCCUCGUGGAAGCGAUGAUGAGUCCGACGACGAGGACGAGGACGACGACGAGGAGAUGUACGAUGACGACUAUGGCGACGAGCUUGAUUAUGGCGAAGAAGAAGUAUCUGAUGAUGGCGAGGAUGGCGUUAGUGACGAAGACGAAGAAUUGGGUGAAAUGGGUCACAUUGAGGGUCUUCAUGGAGAUCCUGGUGUCGUUGAGGUCAUCAUGGGAGACGAAGAUGACGACAUGGAUGAGGAUGAUGACGAUAGCGAGGAUGACGAAAUGGAUUCCGACGACAUGGAUGAGAUGGAUGAACACCUCGACGUUGUGGAAGAGAUUGUCGACGAAGACGGUAAUCCUCUCGAGGACGAUGGUGCCUCGGAUUGGGAGAGUGAAUCAGAGGAAGAGGAAGAGGAAGACGAUGAAGACAUUGAUUAUGAGGCCGAAGCUCAGGACCACGAAGAGGCUCACGUUCAUGGCAUGGAAUCCGAGGACAUGAUCGAAAAUCUGGCCCGAGCAGUCAUGGACCCCGAAGACUACGACGGCGACGACAUGGAUGAUCUUGGAGAUCACUACAUUGAUGACGGUCGUGAUGAAGAUGGUAGGUUCAAACAGCAUGGCUUGUUUUUCUGGAGUAUUCUGACACAAGGCGUAGACGAUGAAGAUGAUGACGAAGACAUGGAAGAAGACGAGCUCAUCUAUGACGAGGCCUACCCUCAUGACCACCAAUCUUCCAACCUCCCUUCUGCCCUCGGAUGGGAUACUUUGGUCGUCGAGCCAUUCGGAGGCCAGCCUCAACACGCUCAUCGCCAUCGUCAUGGACACCGUAGCCCGUUCCCUCCCGGUUUCAUGGUUGGCGGUGGCCGCGACCCUCUGGGCGAUUUCCGAAGCUACUUCUCUCCCCGCCACAGACCGAAUGCGGUGCCUAACAAUGCCGACGACGGGGUCAAUCCUCUUCUGCGCCGAAACGGCCAGGGCCGUGAAGCAUCACCCCGCCCUGCGCCGGGUUCUGGUAUGAUUGGCUUGCGUCUGCCUCCUGAAAUCUUUGGUCCAGGUGUACAGCAUUUGUCUAACAGUCCAAUCGCUAUCCUGAACGAUCUCGUCGCAUCUCUUCCGGUCAUGCGACACGGUCAAUCUGCCGUCCACUUGUCCAUAACUCAAAAUGGACGCGGCGAAGUCAGGGAGUACCAUGUCGCCCCUCGCGAAUCUCGGGCAGACAGCCGUCGUGAGACGACUUAUCACGAGCCCCAACAGGCCGUCGCCUUUGCCCCGGAAUCGACAUUCGAGCGUUACCAAGAAGAAGCUCGCAUGGUUUUUGGCGGAGCUCACUUCAUCGAGAAAGCACAGAAGCUCGUCAAUAUCCUUCUCUCCAAGCUGGUUCCCCCCGCAAUGGAGUAUGAGAAGAAGCUCAAAGCCGAAGAAGAGGAGCGGCGUAAGGUGCGAGAGGAGGAGCGUAGAAAGUUUGAAGAGGAAGCUCGGAAGCUCUUGGAGGCCAAGGAAGCCGCGGAAAAGGCGGCCCGUGAAAAGAAAGAAGCGGAAGAGCGCGAAGAACAAGAGCGUGUCGCUGCGGAAGCCGCUGCUGCUGCCGGAGAGCGUGAUUUGGCAUCAACCCAAGAAAGCCACACUGACAGUGCUGGCUCGCAAGCCAUGGAAGGGGUCGAAACACAAGAGCCGUCUGCGGCCUUGACCGAUAACGACACGGCAGACGACGCUAGUCGCGUCAUGACAACUAUCCGUGGCGAGGAAGUCGACGUCACUGAACUUGGCAUUGACCCUGAUUAUUUGGCGGCUCUACCAGAGGAAUUCAGAGAAGAGGUCAUCGCACAAACGGUCAGCACCAGGAGAUCUCAAGCUCGAGAAGAGGCUGCCACUGGCGAACAGGGUGAAGUCUUCCAAGAGUUCCUCGACGCCCUCCCGGAGGACCUGCGACUAGAAAUAGUUCAACAAGAACGUCAGGAUGCGCGCCGGCGAGAGAGAGAUGAGCAGCGUCGCCAGGCAACAACCGCUGGCCAAGACCAGAUCGCAGUGGACAUGGACCCGGCAAGCAUCCUAUUGACGUUCCCUCCUGAAUUGCGACAGCAGGUUCUCAUGGAUCAAGGAGAGGAUAUCAUGGAUCACUUGCCUCCUGAAAUGGCCGCUCAGGCUCGUCUACUCGCCCAGCAACACAGCGCUCACCCUGCUGUCACGGGCAGAAGCCCUCCUGUCGUUGCUCGACGACCAGGUGCUCCGCCUGCCGAAUCUGGAGAAAGCAAUGAGAACAAGGUACAGCGGCGGACAGUGGUGCAGAUGCUGGACAAGCCAGGCGUUGCUACUCUACUUCGGCUCAUGUUCAUUUCCCAAAUCGGCUCCAUCCGCAACUACCUUUUCAGUGUUCUGGCCGACGUCUGCGAAAACCGCCAAAAUCGCCUCGAAGUCAUUAGCACCAUUCUCUUGAUUCUACAAGAAGGAAGCACAGAUAUGGAAGCUGUUGAGCGCAGCUUCAGCCAACUCUCUGUGAAGGCCAAGAAAUCCAAGGACAAGGACGCAGACCCCAAGACCCCUCAGAACCUUAAGCGGACUCUGACGUCGCUGAGCGCUGCUGUGCACCAGCAGUCCAACUCGGAGAUAUCACCACUCAUGGUCGUCCACCAGUGCUUGGAUCUGCUGCAAGAUCUCUCCACCAAGAACCCUCACAUCCCCAUGCUCUUCCUGACCGAGCAUGAGGCGGUCGGAUCUUCCCUCAAGCGUACACUCAGCCGCAAGGGCAAGGCCAAGGACUCCAAGGCCCACAAGUAUGCAAUCAACUCACUCCUCACUCUUCUCGACAGAGAUUUGGUAAUGGAGAGCUCGGUGGUUAUGGCUUACCUGGCCGACUUACUGAACAAGAUCACUGUACCAUUGGCUACCAUGGAGCGACGCCGUCGGGAAGCUCUAGAGAAGGCUGCUCGGGAUGCCAAGAAGAAGGCAGCGGAAAGUGCAGUGGAAGUCGAUCCCGCUUCGACCUCAGCCGCCCAACCUGCUGAGGACGCAAACUUUGAGACUACCGCCGACGUGGAAGCCCAGGAGCCCAAGGGUGAAAGUGCCGAAACUGCCAAGACUACCGACAAGUCGACAACCCAGAAAGCACCUCGCCAAAUGCAGGUUCCGAUCAUUCCCCCGCACAAUCUUACCCUUGUGGUUAAGAUCUUUGUUGCUCGGGAGUGCAGCUCCAAGACAUUCCAAAACACGAUUUCAGCUAUCAAGAACUUGUCUGCUAUUCCUGGCGCCAAGGCAACGUUCGGACAGGAAUUGGUCCGCCAAGCUCGUGUGUUGAGUGAGAACAUUGUCGCGGAUCUCGAUGAGCUGCUUCCUCAUAUUGAGAAGGCUACCUCGGGAACCGAGAUUCAAGGUGUUGCGCUUGCCAAGUUUUCCCCCGGUGCUUCUGAGCAGAACAAGCUCCUCCGUGUUCUCACAGCCCUCGAUCACUUAUUCGACAACAAGAAGAAGAGUGACAAAGCGGACGAAGAUGCCGAGACCAGUACAAACGAAAAGCAGGAUCUCGUUACUUCACUAUACCACAACUCGACCUUCUCCAUGAUGUGGGAGAAACUGAGCGCCUGUCUCAGCGCUAUUCGUGAGCGGGAGAACAUGGUUAACGUAGCGACGAUCCUUCUGCCACUGAUAGAAUCUCUGAUGGUCGUCUGCAAGAAUACCGCUAUGAACGACGACUCCCAGACUCAGAACCAGACAAGCAAGGAGAUGCUGCUAUCAAGCCCGCCCCCAGAGAAUCGCAUGGCCGGCCUUUUCUUCACCUUCACCGAGGACCACCGCCGAAUCCUCAAUGAGCUGGUUCGCAACAGUCCCAAGCUCAUGUCCGGAACAUUUUCGCUUCUGGUCAAGAAUCCAAAGGUUCUCGAGUUCGACAACAAGCGCAAUUAUUUCAACCGCAGUGUUCACAGUCGUUCCAGUAACAAUCAACGGCCGUCGUUCCCUGCCUUGCAGCUCUCGGUGCGUCGCGAGCAUGUGUUCCACGACUCCUUCAAGUCGCUCUACUUCAAGACCGGCGACGAGAUGAAGUAUGGAAAGCUCAACAUCCGCUUCCACAACGAGGAGGGUGUCGACGCCGGAGGUGUAACCCGCGAAUGGUUCCAGGUCUUGUCCAGGCAAAUGUUCGAUGCCAACUAUGCCCUCUUCAUUCCGGUCUCCUCUGACCGCACCACAUUCCACCCCAACAAGUUAAGUGGCAUCAACGACGAGCAUCUCAUGUUCUUCAAGUUCAUUGGCCGCAUCAUCGGAAAGGCCUUGUAUGAGGGUCGAGUUCUCGACUGUUACUUCAGCCGCGCUGUGUACAAGCGUAUUCUCGGCAAGUCGGUGUCCGUCAAGGACAUGGAAUCUUUCGAUCCGGAUUACUACAAGUCUUUGGUCUGGAUGCUCGAUAAUGACAUCACGGACAUCAUCACAGAGACAUUCUCUGUGGAGGACGAUGAGUUUGGCGUGACUCGUACCGUUGACCUUUGCCCCGGCGGUCGUGACAUUGCCGUCACUGAGGAGAACAAGCAUGACUAUGUGAGAUUGGUAGUGGAGCACAAGCUGCUUUCAUCUGUUAAGGAACAGAUGGAACACUUUUUGAAGGGAUUCCAUGAUAUCAUUCCCGCGGAUCUCAUCUCCAUUUUCAACGAGCAGGAACUGGAACUUCUCAUCUCCGGCCUGCCCGACAUUGACGUUGACGACUGGAAGAGCAACACGGAAUACCACAACUAUACUCCGUCAUCACCGCAGAUCCAAUGGUUCUGGCGAGCAAUCCGUUCAUUCGACAAGGAAGAGCGCGCCAAGCUGUUGCAGUUCGUGACUGGAACCAGUAAGGUGCCUCUCAAUGGAUUCAAGGAGCUGGAGGGUAUGAAUGGUAUCAACCGCUUCAACAUCCACCGAGACUAUGGCAACAAAGAGCGUCUCCCCAGUUCGCACACAUGCUUCAACCAACUUGAUCUUCCUGAAUACGAGAACUACGAAAUGCUUCGUCAACAACUCAUGAAGGCCAUCACAGCAGGAAGCGACUACUUCGGCUUUGCAUAA